AUGGCGAAGACGCUUUUUAUUCUCCUCUCAGUGUUUUACGUAGCCUUAUCGCUCAAUUGCCUUGACAAUAGCGGAAAUUCAGUCCCAUGGUUGACUUUUAUUAAGCCUCCACAAGUGGCAUAUGCCCCUCCUCUCCCAGGAAAGUCUUAUUCUUUUCUAACUCCAAAUCAUAUGACUGCAGAAAUCGAGUCGCAGCCUCUCAACGUCUCUUCUCCAAUCACUUAUACACUUAAUCAGUUCAAUACUGAUAGCUCUAUUUCGGUUUUGUUUUACAAGUAUACUAUUUUUUAUGCAUUUGUGUUAAAUUUAACGUCAGGACCAUUAAAAUAUAUGAUCCUUGGGCCAUAUUUUAAGGUAUAACUGUUAUUCAGUGAUGGGGUCCCUCCUAACAGCACCAACUAUAACAAUUAUGUUGGGCACACCAAAGGGAUUUUAGCUUACACCUCAACCCAGGCCAUUUACAUAAUCCACUCCUUCCCAAACUUUCCAUACUACAACAGCACAACUGGGAAAGUGAUGCUGGACAUAUUCCAGUCUGAAACUUACUAUGGGCAAAAUCUCAUGUGCCUACAAAUAUCCCCACAAACACUUUUUAACCUCGCAGGCUUAAUGACCAUAAACAAGCCUCAAGUCUAUUACAGUAGAAUCAUUACCCCUAACAGCAACAUUACCCUGUUAGUCCAAAACCAAACCACACUGCAAGCCAGCACUGUAUCAUACAGUUUUUCGUAAGUUUUAUAUAGAGUUGACGGCAACACCUUCACUUAUUUAGCAAGAUCUGCAGCAGCUAAUUUAGAUUUCUGGGAAGAUGUGGUAUCUAAAUACUACAAAGAUAGCUUUUACGUACAGUCUUGGGGAAGGCCUUAUAUGCCAGGGUACUGCCCACCUGAUGAAGCCUACACAAACCUAAAUGUAGAUGAGCUCACAAUUAAAAAAUAUUGGUGGUACGGGUAUGAUGACCAUUCAAAAUGGGGAAUUGCAGUUGGCCAAACUGUCCUUUGCUAUGCAGAUAUCAAUAGAAUGUACAGUCAAGCCAGCAGAGGAGGCGGUGGAGUGUGCACGAAUUUCCCAUCACUUUAUACGGUUCAUAAAGCAAUUGUGGAGACAACAGACCCUUGUGGACAAACUUUUGUGGGAAAGAAGCUUCAAGAAAUUAAUAAUUAA